UGCAUUCAUAGCUUUCUUUCCUUGAUCAUGUGGUUACGAUUGGGAAGUAGCGUCGGUCGUCGUCUGAUGGUCCAACGACAAAGGACGGCCGUGUCUCAUACUACAUGUACAUGUAUGUACAUGAGUGAUGGGAGUGGUCCAAGCAACGGCAAGAUUGGAGGCAAAAAAGGGCAGACAAUGGCAUUGGUGGAGAAGAUGCGGGACAAACUAGACCGUGAUUCGACACUUCAUCAAGGCGACAGCUGGGAGGAACUCUGGCAAGAAGGUGUGACACCCUGGGAUCUCCAUCAGCCGACUCCCGUGUUGCAGCAGGAACUUGACACCACUGCACUUACAAGCACUAGCACUAGCAGUAGUGUUGGUAAGAGAGUGCUAGUGCCUGGGUGUGGAUCUGGAUUUGACUUGAUUACUCUGGCGGAACGACUGGGCCAAGAUUCUGUCAUUGUGGGUCUUGACAUUUCAACUACCAGUUUGCAGAGGGCACAACAGGUGCUGCUAGAUCAUCAUUCAAGCAGCAACACUACUAGUACCGGUACUGUACUGCUAGCCCAGGGAGAUUUCUUUGAGAGACCCGACAGUUGGGACACUGUUUUCUCCACCAAUAAGGAUGACCCAUCCAAGUCCAAUACAUGUAUUCCAUCCUUUGGAUCAUCCUUUGAUUUGAUUUACGACUAUGUCUUUUUCUGUGCCCUGCCUCUGUCUCUACGACCCCAAUGGGGAGCCACCAUGGCAUCGCUUCUGGAACCAUCCCAAGGACGACUCCUCACACUCAUGUUCCCCAUUCUACCGGAUGCGGAUCCCACACGAGGACCGCCCUUUCCUGUCACUGUUCAAGACUACCAACAUGUGCUGCAAUGUCACGGCGUAGUCAUGGAAUCCACAGAGCCGUAUGCUAGUACCCAGACAGUUCCUUCCAGAGUGGGCAAGGAAUUGGUUUGUUGGUGGAAACACUCCAGUACGGUAUCAGCAGCAGCAGGAGAAGAGGAUCACGUUCCAACACCAGUGUCCAAAUUGUAGGUAGGGGCCAAUAUACCAGCCAUCAAGGGCAAAAAAAGGGCCUCAUGACUCUUCAGGUGGACAUGCAGUGUCUGACAAGACAACGAAUCGCCAAGUCGAUCGAAGGGUCGACAAAAAGUGAUUUUGACCAGAAUAAAUUUGACUCAAUGAACACGCAACUGCCGACAAAAUAAAGAUUGCACGGAUUGCAAUUUUAAAAGAGAGAGAGAGAGAGAGAGAAGAUUAGGAUGAAACGCUACAGUGCCAGUAGACACAAAGCUGGCAGAUGAUGCGAUCUUCAUGGCGACGAAAGCUCGAGGUUGCCCCAGAAAAGCAGCUCGAGAAGGCAGCGUAAAAACAAAAUACUGGUUGCAUUUUGGAAUUCGGGAUGAAGAGGGUUGGACGAAAGAACAAAUAUACAAGGCGGACCGCUGGAAUUCAUGCACCAGUUUCUCAAUGAAUGGAAGCAAGCAAUAGAAGCAACAUCGUCCCCGACCUGACAAUCACUCGAUUCGAUUCGACUCGACUCACAACAAUCCACAGGGGUUCCGUUGCAACCACAAUCGAUCAUUCAUCAUGACCAAGCCGUACGGUACUCGCUCGUUGUUGCGGUGGUGGACGUUGGUCGUAACCAGCCAAUCAAUCAACUAUUGCAAGCACAAAAAGAUCCAUCAGAAAGGUUCGGGACGCUUGGCAACUGGCUGUACUGUACCGUACCAGGCCAUCAUGCAGCCAGCCAUCAUCAGAACGUACGGAAGGUGGGACAACGAAAAUCCGGGGAUCUACUUGUCCCUUCCGUAUGAUAAAAAUGGGAUUGGCAAAACUCGAAUGUACCAUUACCGGAUCUCGGGGAGGGUUGCGCCUCUACGUAAAAACAGACGCAGAAAGAUGGAAGCGAAUGGAGUCGAAUCGAGGUACCAAGAUGCUCCAUCGGGUACCGUAACGAUGCUCCAUCGGGUAACGAGGCUCCUCCUCGAACUUAUCAAAUUGGUGGGCUGAGAAUAUGAAGAUUUGCUUCCAAAACGGGUUAUCCGAAGUCAGGACGAAAAAUGCAAGCAAUCAAUUCGGAUCUCGCUUCGGAUUUCAUUGGCCAGUGACACAUUGAGGUUGAAGAGCCUACGAUCCCAGCUGCUGCUUCAACAGCUUUGCAAAGUGGAAGGGAAGCCUCUGCUGAACGAAG